AUGCCUCUAAUUAUCCCCGAAAUCAGUUUUGUCCCCAGCACCCUCCUGCACUCGACCAGCCACCUCAAAAUCGAAUACCUGGAGCUCUGUGGAACUAAACCCGAAGGAACGCAAGAUUACAUUAGCGGCACCAACCUCCAGCUCCUCACCAACAUCUGGACACUCAAGAUCCAAACCAAAAAUGACCCGGACACCAACACCGGCGCUAUCAGUCUCAUUCUUGACCUUUCACCCCUCGGAAACAGCAGUCCCUGCCACAUGCAUGUCACAAUCACUGACGAGCCCCGCGGCCCCGCUUAUGCCGACGAGAAGAAUAUCAUGAAGCGCGUGCGCCUCCAUGAAGUGGAAUAUACUGUCGGGGGUCUUUGUGAUCUCAUUGUUGAUAAUGACCUUGAUAGAUAUUUUUAUAUCGACAGACAUUUUUAUCAGCAGAAUAGGCAAUGGUUCAAGAUGCUUAUUGACUUACUUGGGCGAAAUCAGAGAAUUCCAGAACAGGAAGUGAGGGAUGCUCAAAAUGCUCUCACCUUUGUUUGGAAGGGGCCAGGAACUGACACUGAGGAUCGAGAGGAUCUUGCAGUCCAAGCUACCAUGUUGAGGGGAACUAUUGAUCGUCGUGUGAGACACAAUCUUGGUUUCUGA